UUUAUAUAUUCCUACAUACAUUUCUCACUUCAAUAAUAGCAAUCAAACAAACAACCAACAACACAUUUGCAAGUUUCAAGCCAACAACAAAAUCAAAAAUGGCAACCACCAUAGCUACCAUGGCUGUCCUAAACACAAAAUGCUUUACCAAAGCAUCUAUUAACAUACCCAUCAAAGCCAAAACCCGUCUCACUUCUUUCCCUCCAGAAUCUCCCGAAAGUUCCCUAACUGGAACAGCUAUCGCUGGCGCUGUUUUCUCAACUCUUAGCUCAUGUGACUCCGCAUUCGCAGCUCAACAAAUAGCUGAUCUAGCUGAGGGGAGUGACAACAGGGGAUUAGCCCUGUUGCUCCCUAUAAUUCCAGCUAUUGCAUGGGUUCUUUACAACAUCCUUCAGCCAGCACUGAACCAAAUCAACAAAAUGAGGAAUCAGGGUGUUAUUAUCGGGCUCGGGCUUACCGGGCUAGCAGCAACAGGCUUUUUUAACACACCUGAAGCCUCUGCUGCUAGCGAAAUUGCUAUGCUCGCUGAUGCAGCGAGCGAUAACAGGGGACAACUUUUGUUGAUUGUUGUGACACCGGCUUUGCUUUGGGUGGGUUACAAUAUUCUACAACCAGCUUUGAAUCAGAUUAAGAGGAUGAGAUCAGAUUGAGGAUCAUUAUAUUUUGUAAUAUUUGGAUCAUAUUACUUAUAAAAAUUGUAUCAAUCAAUCAACCUUUCCUUGUGUA